AUGGCGGCAGUUCUGGGCACUGUAACAAGUGUAACUACACUUGUGGUGCAGCUUAAUGAUGCCCUCCAACUUUUCGCGCAAGUCAAAGGUGCUCCUAAGAAAGUCCGUGAGCUCAUCAGCUCUCUGGAAAACUUGAACGGUGUAAUGUCAACUAUCAAAGCAGAUCCGGCCUACCAGCAAGAGGAAGUCGCAAAACGGCCCCAACCGGCACAUGGAUCAUACAAACCUCUCAAUACCAGCAAUGGCAAGAUCCGAGCUCUCAGUCCCGACUCCUUUGGGUAUGCGGGCGAGCUGGAUAAGGGAAGACCACACUGUCAAUCUUUGCCACUGAACAUCUCGGGGUAG